CACCCAAUAGCGUCUGAACCACCCCUGCAAGGCGUCAGCGCGAACCCCGCGCACCUUUUCAGAGCCCUAGCCGGGAGCUAAGAUGGCGGCUGCCGACGGAGAUGACUCGCUUUACCCUAUUGCGGUCCUGAUCGAUGAACUGCGGAAUGAGGAUGUUCAGCUCCGUCUGAACAGCAUCAAGAAACUCUCCACCAUUGCACUGGCCCUGGGAGUCGAGAGGACACGCAGUGAGCUCUUGCCUUUCCUCACAGAUACCAUCUACGAUGAGGAUGAAGUGCUACUCGCACUGGCAGAACAGUUGGGGACCUUUACAGCUCUGGUUGGGGGCCCUGAAUAUGUCCACUGCUUGCUGCCCCCGCUUGAGAGCCUCGCCACGGUUGAAGAGACGGUGGUGCGGGACAAAGCAGUGGAGUCCUUACGCGCCAUCUCCCACGAGCACUCUCCGUCUGAUCUCGAGGCCCACUUUGUGCCUCUGGUGAAGCGCCUGGCAGGGGGUGACUGGUUCACCUCCCGCACCUCGGCCUGCGGCCUCUUCAGCGUCUGUUAUCCCCGAGUCUCCAGUUCGGUCAAAGCUGAGCUCCGACAGUAUUUCCGGAACUUGUGCUCAGAUGAUACCCCCAUGGUGAGGCGGGCCGCAGCCUCCAAGCUAGGUGAAUUUGCCAAGGUCUUGGAGCUGGAACAUGUCAAGAGUGAGAUUAUCCCCAUGUUCUCCAACCUGGCCUCAGAUGAGCAGGACUCUGUGCGCUUAUUGGCCGUGGAGGCCUGUGUGAACAUUGCUCAGCUCCUCCCCCAAGAGGACUUGGAGUCUCUGGUGAUGCCCACAUUACGGCAAGCAGCGGAGGACAAAUCUUGGCGGGUCCGUUACAUGGUGGCUGACAAGUUCACAGAGCUCCAGAAAGCCGUCGGGCCAGAAAUCACUAAGACUGACUUGGUGCCAGCCUUCCAGAACCUCAUGAAAGAUUGUGAAGCUGAAGUGCGGGCUGCAGCCUCCCACAAGGUCAAAGAGUUUUGUGAGAACCUGUCUCCUGAUUGCCGUGAAAAUGUCAUCAUGACCCAGAUCUUGCCCUGUAUCAAGGAACUGGUGUCUGAUGCGAAUCAACAUGUCAAGUCAGCCUUGGCGUCAGUAAUCAUGGGACUGUCUCCCAUUUUGGGCAAAGACAAUACGAUCGAGCACCUUCUCCCGCUCUUCCUGGCUCAGCUCAAAGACGAGUGCCCCGAAGUCCGGCUCAACAUCAUCUCCAACCUGGACUGCGUGAACGAGGUGAUUGGUAUCCGGCAGCUGUCCCAGUCCCUGCUGCCAGCCAUUGUGGAACUGGCAGAAGAUGCCAAGUGGCGUGUGCGGCUGGCCAUCAUUGAGUACAUGCCCCUGUUGGCCGGGCAGCUGGGUGUGGAAUUCUUUGACGAGAAGCUGAAUUCGCUUUGCAUGGCGUGGCUGGUGGAUCACGUCUAUGCCAUUCGAGAGGCAGCUACCAGCAACCUCAAGAAGCUUGUGGAGAAGUUUGGCAAGGACUGGGCCCAUGCCACAAUCAUUCCCAAGGUGCUGGCCAUGUCCAACGACCCCAACUACUUGCACCGCAUGACCACGCUCUUCUGCAUCAAUGUGCUGUCAGAGGUGUGCGGGCAGGAGAUCACCACCAAGCACAUGCUUCCCACCGUUCUGCGAAUGGCAGGCGACGCCGUAGCCAACGUGCGUUUCAACGUGGCCAAGUCGCUGCAGAAAAUCGGACCAAUUUUGGACAACAGCACCCUUCAGAAUGAGGUGAAGCCAGUGCUGGAGAAACUAACACAGGACCCCGAUGUGGACGUCAAAUACUUUGCCCAGGAGGCGCUGACUGUGUUGGCGCUGGCUUGAACCUCCCAGGACCUGUCUCCGUAGUCUCCUCUUCAACUGGGACGCCAUUGGACCGAGCCUUCUUCCCCCACCCCCGCCCCAUUCUCAUUGCAUGUGAAUGACCCUCCCCAUCGGCUCCACAUGGUGAUGACUUUGGCCAGCAGCUAACCCCUUGCCCCCUGCUGGACUCCCAUCUCCUCCUCCUGCUCUUAACUCCCUGCCCUCCGAUCUUCCUGGGCAGCUGUGAUAUUCUCUCCCUUUUCCCUGUAACAGGUUCAGUUUUUUUUUUUGUUCUGACACCAGGGGGGCAGCAAGUAGCUAUUCCCUCUUCAUCACUGGUGACCGCCUGCAAGAGAGGCAGAGCAGCCCUGCAACCCACGCCCUGCCGCCCGGCAUGUCAAAUGAGAGCCCUUAAAGGAGAGGCCGUUAUCUGCUGCUUGGGGCCCUCUGUGCCUCUUUGGCCCUGCAGUUCGCAUGAGAGAUCUCCCCCACUCCGCUGUAUGUUGCUGUGCGAGGAGUAUCAACUGCGCCCCCCUCCCCCCAUCACCACCAAAUAACAAACUCCGUUCAUUUCCCCACUCGGUGUCCAACCGGCACUCCAUCGGCUGUCACAUCGGAUACGACGCAUGCCGGCAGCCAGGCGGUGUCUUUAUUUGUUGCUCAAAAUCUGAUCCAGCUGAGCCCCCGGGGGGCUUAAUGAAAGGGCAGGGAAGGGGUGGUGAAAUCCAUCUGUUACAAACACCGAUCCGGGGAGGUUAGUUUGAGCCACCUCUUCCCCUCCAUGUGCCUGAUCACUUGGAGCCUCCCGCGUGCGUGCACGCGCCCCCCCCCCUUCAGUUCCACAGUCCUGGCAGCCCCCUCUGCUGAAAGGAAGUGGAUUGUAAUCGUUCCCAUAAGUGGUGAGAGAGAGAGGAGCUAUUGAAAAGAACCUAAGGUGUAGGAUAGAACCAUGGCCAAACUGACCCUUCCUGAAUCUGGACAGAGGGAAGAUGCUGUAAGAGUGGGCCCCUGCUUAUCAGAAACAUGUUGAGAAAUGGAGUGGUGCUUGGACCAUCUGGUGAUGUGCCAACCAAUUGGAACUCCCUAUUUCUAUCAUGUGACUGUAAAUAAUGAAAUUGACUACUCGCUCCCAACCCCUGUGUGUUCUCGUUCUCUCUCUCUCUCUCUCCCUCCCUCCUCCCCAUUGUUACGUUUUCUGCUGCUGCCUCUGUGGCUCUUGCACUGGACAGUUCACAAGUGUGUGUACUAACCACACACACCCUAACACACACACAGUUAAUGGCAUGUCAUUUUACAAUUGUUGGUAACUUUUUUGUGUGUGUAUACACUUGUUUCCUCCCCACCCACCCCGAUUAAUAAAAUGCUCGCUCGUUCGA